CGUGGUGUUGAAGGUUCAACAAAAGAUUCUUGGAAGGAGAGAGGUCAAGUUAUGGCUUGUAUCAACCUCUUGGGUCUCAACAAUGAACUUUAUUGCUCUCAUUUAGAAUUAAAGUUACAUUUGUUAGAGAUGGGAGUCCAAGCAUCUCUAGUUGACCUGACGGAUGGUGCAGCAGGUGCGGGAACGCCUAUGCAUCAGGAAAAUGCUGCUCAACUUAUGAGAAUGGUGUUUGAUUUGGUUGUUUUGGAUCCAAAUGAGGAUGAUUCCAAAAAAUGUUCUGUGAAAUUGCUGGAUGGCGUUCUUGCACUUCUUGAUGCGUUGUUGGUUUUUCAAGAUGCUCCUAGUGAAGAUUGGGGUGAAAUGGCGCGAUUAUCUUUAGGCGUUCUAGUCAAAUGUUCUUCCUCGAGUUGUUCUGAACUGGUUGCAAUGGCUUCUGCCAAAUUACAUGCACUUUUGCACACAAGGCAGGUCACAGAUGUGAAAGAAGCUGCCUAUCUUCUUUAUGAGCUAAAUAAUACACUGCAAAAAGCAAUUGAAGUUGGAAACUCUGAACAAUAUUCAUUUCUGAUGCCUGUAAUGAAAGCAUUAUUUGAUAAAACUAGACAAGUUCUAUCCUUGAAUGCCAAUAUUCCUGAUCUGCCGGAAACUUCCUCAGGGCCAGUAUUUUUUAAUGAUUUUCAAAUGUAUUCCCAGUCGCAGCAGUGGCAGUCAUUUAUUGAUAAAAAGAUCCGACCUCAGUAUGAAUUAUACAGGCGCGACACGGAAACUUCUUUAGGCGAACCGUUGAAUACAUUCUGGGCAGAAUGUUAUGAAGCAGGUAAAGCCGCAGCAGGAGCAAGAGCUAGGGCUCAACAAGAUAGUCGGGCCAGAUUUCAGGCCCGUGUAGUGGCUCCUUGGCGUGCAAGACAAGCUGAGGAAGUGGCGCGUUUGGCGACCGCCACGGCGCAACGUCGAAGCAGGGAUUUGCAGGUGGAAAGAGAAUGGAGACACUGCAGGCAGUUUUUGAUGGGAGAGCGCGGUCCUUGGAGGCAGAGCAAAUCAGAAACUGUUUUAUAUCAGUUAUCCCAACAUGAAAAUGCUUCCCGAAUGCGUCUAAAACUGGAACCAUCGUCUUUGCCGGUGGAUAAUCAUGCUUCAGCAGCAAGUUUGAGAGACAACACCGGUAUAACUGCUGUUAAACAACCAGAAUUUUCUUUGCCAAUCACACCAGCAGUUGUUAGAAGAAGAGAUGGUGAUGAAGAUGAAGAAGGGCCUUUGCUUGAGGAGGAAGAGUUGGCUAGGUUGACGGCGGAGGCACAAUUGGCGGCAGAUCAAUCAAAAGAAGAAUCUUCAGGUGUAGGCAGCAUUUCAGGCCCAGGAACACGUGAAGCAAAAGUUGUGAUUUCACAAGAAUGCGAAUUAAUUACCUUGAUGAGCAGAAUUCGUGGAAAAUUUGAUGUGACUACUACCCAUUUAGUUUUCCACGACUUAAGUCCUCUUCGGGAUGAUAGACCCAGACAGGACCACAGGUGGCCUUUGGCUUCUUUAAGAGAAAUACAUUUGCGGAAGUAUAAUUUGCGUAGAAGUGCCUUGGAAAUCUUUCUGCUGGAUCAAACGAAUUAUUUCUUCAACUUUUCUACUAAGACUCGGAACAAGGUAUUUUCCCGAAUAUUGAGCCUGCAACCCCCCAAUAUCCUUUAUGGCAGCGGUCGAUCGCCCUCUGAAUUGCUGCGCGCUUCUGGUCUCACACAACGAUGGCAGAGGCGAGAAAUUUCCAAUUUCGAUUACCUAAUGCACUUGAACACGAUAGCUGGCAGAACAUAUAACGACUUAUCUCAAUACCCCGUUUUUCCAUGGAUACUUACGGAUUACCACAGCGAGGAACUGGAUUUGGAAAAUCCUAACACUUUUAGGGAUCUGUCGAAACCUAUUGGUGUGGUUAAUCCGAAAAACGAAGCAGAGGUUCGCGCCAAAUAUGAUAGCUUUGAGGAUCCAACCGGAACAAUUAGCAAGUUCCAUUAUGGAACUCAUUAUUCAAAUUCCGCAGGAGUUUUGCAUUAUCUAAUUCGUGUAGAACCAUUUACUUCCCUUCAUAUCGAACUUCAAAGUGGAAGAUUUGAUGUCGCCGAUCGGCAAUUUCAUUCUAUACCGCAAACGUGGAAACUUCUUAUGGACAAUCCGAACGAUGUCAAAGAACUUACACCAGAAUUUUAUUACUUUCCUGAAUUUUUGAGGAAUGUUAAUAAUUUAGAUCUGGGUAGAUUACAAGUGACUAAGGAAAAAGUCGGGGAUGUUGUUUUACCACCUUGGGCCAGAGAUGCUGAGGAUUUUAUAACCCUUCACAGGCGUGCCCUUGAAAGCGAACACGUGUCAAAUCAUCUCCAUGAAUGGAUAGACCUGAUUUUCGGCUGCAAACAGAAAGGAGCUAAGGCUGCUAAAGCUUUAAAUGUUUUUUAUUACUGCAGUUACGAAGGCGCAGUCGAUUUGGAUGCUAUUAAAAACCCCAAAGAACGAGAAGCCGUCGAGGGGAUGAUUAAUAAUUUUGGACAGACGCCAAGUCAACUCAUGCGGGAAUCUCACCCGAAGAGGAUGUCAAAGGAUGAGGCGGCAAAAAGAUUGAUUAGAGGAGAACUGAGAAGGCCCGAUAUGACAACAUUCUUGAAUUUGGCAACUCUUUUUACUUGCUCAGACGCAGCAAGUGAAAAAGAUCCCAUGAUAUAUUUGAGUUCACCACGAUCGCCUCCGAGAUCUUUUCUUCAAGCUGGACCAGAUUGUGUAGUCAGUGUUUCAAAAUUGGGGGUAUUGGCCGCUCAUAAUUGGCAGUCAGCAGACAGGAGCAAUCCGCGAGGUUUUAUGUUUGAACCAGAUGCGAGCAUAAACCUACCUAAAGCCAGGAAACGUUUACCAGGACCAUUCCAUCCAGCCUACGUACCAGAUUCUCGCACUUUCUGUGCUAGUCUGGACGGACGAGUCAUAUAUUGUGGAGGCCUAUGGGACGGUUCCAUCCGAGCCUAUUCUGUGGCACGUGGAAGAUUAUUACAAACAUCUAUCAGACACAUGGAUGUCGUCACAUGUUUGGCAAUAGAUUCUAGAAGAGGAGGAUUAAUUUUAUUAAGUGGUUCAAAAGAUUGCACAUGUGUCGUAUGGGAGGUGACACCAUGGGCUGGAGGUGCUUCUAAUGGAACAUUACUGACACCUGUCAGAGUGCUACGUGGUCAUGAUGCACCAGUGACCUGCGUUGCUUUACAUGGAGAACUGGACGUUGCCAUCAGCGGUUCAGAGGAUGGAACCGUCAAUGUGCAUGCCUUGCGAUCUGGACGAUAUGUCAGAACUCUCAGACCCAAAGGAUGUGAGAUUCCACGAAGUUCUGAUUCACAUAGAAGCUUUUUACCUCAGGUUUUGGAAAGGUCGAUAGUUAUCGAGUAUACGGAAAUGUCAGCCCAGGGGCACGCUGUAUUUUCUGCCCGGGACCGUUGCGGAUGUUCUUUGCAUGUGUUCACAGUGAAUGGUACCUGGGUUGGUUCUAAACGAGUUUCCGGUCGUGUGACCGGGUUGGCAACCGCUGGCGAUAAUGUCGUUUGUGUUGACGACGCCGGAGACUUGACAAUGAGCCGAUUACAAGGAUUAAAACCAGUCUUCGACAUUCCCCUCCACGUGCCAAUUCAGAGUGUUUGUGUGGCUCCUGGUAACACACACAUCUUGUGCCCUCUAAGAGAUGGAAGGUUGGCGGUUCUUGGUCCACCAGUUCCACAAUCAAAAGGAAACUCAUCAAAAUCUAUUCAUCAGGUAUAGAGAAGUCUAUGAGCUAGGUGAAUCUAAUCAAAACUCUACCGUAAGUUUCUAUUACCAUUGAAAUAUAUAUUAUGUUUUUAUUUGAUUCAAUUUAAAAUGUCCAAAUCCUUUUCAUAUCUUGUCAUGUACAACAUUGAAGUAUUAUUGAACAUUGCAAAAAACUAUUUUGUUCAAAAGAAGAGCUUGUGAAUUAAGGGUAAUUUCGCUCGCAAAACAUUUUUAACACUCUAUAUAUAAUUUUUAAUUUAAAUUUAUUUUAAUAUAUUGAAACAAUC